CAACACCUUCUGCUCAUCGUCGAUCAUGGCUCCUUCGUGUCGGUCCCAGAACGCAACAAGUAGGAAGACUCGGAAAAACAUCGAGCCCGAACCUGAAUACGACCACAGCAAAGAUUAUACAGGCGAGGCCCCCGUCAAGAAGAAGGCUCGCGCCAACAAGGUCAACAAAGACGCGGAAAAUAUCACCCGAGCUCUUCCCAAGCGUCGUCGACUACGUGGGAUCCUCCAGAAGGUGACAGAAACGCCUUUGGACGUACUUUUUGAGAUUUUCUCCAACCUUGACCCUCUCGACCUCCUCCAACUGUCUCGCACGAGUAAAGACCUUCGCGCGCUUCUACUCCAGCGUUCUUCCACCUCUGUCUGGAAGAGAGCGCGCGAAAAUGUCGAAGGACUGCCGCCUUUGCCGGACGACCUGGACGAGCCCAAGUUUGCUUAUUUGGCUUUUGAUAAGCACUGUACCAACUGCUUGCGCGCGACGAAAUUUGUUCAGUGGGAGUUUAGGACCAAAUAUUGUCGAAAAUGUCUGGAGGCUUCUGCUUCUGGCCUGUUCAUCAGAGCUGUCCCCGACACUUUUUCUGGUUAUGUCCCCAUGUUUGAAUUUCGUACAGCAGACCGUAAAGACCCGCAUCGCUAUUAUUACGUGCCAGCCAUUAAAGUCCUGCGCGAAGAAUCCGAGUCAUUGCGCGAUGAAAUGUGGGAUGCUUGGGUAUCGGAGAAACGGGCUGCCUACAGCACGUUACAAACUAAUGCUCGAUUAUGCGAAGGAUGGUCUACAAGGUGUGCUAAAGAUCGCGCCAACGAGCUUGACAUUCUCCGCGACCAGAGGUUCGAAAAAGUCAUUGAACGUCUAACGAACCUAGGAUGGGGCGAGGAAAUGCAGACUCCUAAUCUUAUUGAUGAGCUACGCUAUCACAGAUUAGUGAGGCAAACAAGGCCUUUGACUGAGCGAGCAUGGGUCACUAUGUCCGGUACCUUGAUUCCCAUACUCGAGCGACACAAAGCCGACAGACUCAAACGGAAAAUGAAUAUCAGGGUCGUGGAAAGGGCUCGUUUGUUUGCUAGUGCAUACUCCGACGCUACACGGGAUGUUCCCCUCCUUCCUAUCUUUCCAAAGGCGGUGGAUGCGGCUUUGUUGGAGCCUUUCUCAAAAAUAGUGUUCGACACACCCUUGGAUCAGGAUAUCACCGAAUCUUUGAAAGCAGCGGGGAUUCGGCUUCCAAAAGCUGCUGCUGAAUGGCGAAAGAAACAGGAUUCCGGGCUGCGAGCUCUGAUGGAGAAGGCAGGUUUGAAACCGGAUCUCAAUCUCGCUACAGCCUUUUUCUCCUGCAACUAUUGCCGCCGCGUCUGCCAAUAUCCUUAUGUCUUGGCUCACCGCUGUAAAUUAUCGUAUAGUGUGAGCUUCUAUCCUGAAGACUGGAAGACCUAUGCGCUGAUGUAUAUGUGUCGCGAAACGAACGUACCUUGGUCAGCGAGCCAGUACACGGUCAACGGAGAAAUCCUCAGAAGGGUGCAGUGUAUCAUUCAAACAUGUGGUCUAAACCCAGAGACUGCAACGUACGAGGACAUGAACUCGUUGGACUGUCGUGUAAUAUGUGUCAAUUGCAGUCAGUUUUCUACGACUGAGUUUGUCAUGCAAUGGCAAACUGCUGUACAGCGUCAUUACGACCACUCCCCUGCCCGUCCAAAUGUGUGGAAACUGCUUGACGAUGCAGAAGGACUGAAAUGUGUCAAAGCCCUUGAGAAAUUAGACAAAAGAGCUGGAUACGUUCGCUAUGCGUCAGAGAGUUUCCUUUCUCAGGAGAAAUUCAUAUGCAGUCAUUGUAAAGUUUUGAGGUGCGCAGGUCGGGACCUGGAGGAUCAUUUGUUUGAAGUGCACAACAUAACCAGGGUGUCUUCGGAUGAUUGGGACUGGCCUGUAAACAUGGCAUCCUGUGUUGACAAUGGGAAAGGUGUAUCUCUUCACCCACAUAUUGAAGAGAAAUCUAUUGGAUCAGAAGAGAACGACAACGCGAAGUCCACGGUGGAUUCCAAUGAGGCAGCGUCUGCCGAUUCCGAACCCCAUACUGCUAAGGCUAACGCUAAUUAAGUAUAUCCAGACACAUCGGGCGAUGCUCACAUGAAAUCCUGCAGCACAU